CUCAUUGGGUGGAACAGUUGAGCGAAAAGACUGGCAGAGCAAGUAGCCACCAAGGAUACCCGGAGUAGAAACCCGACAGUGGUGCAAAGAGCCAGCCAUGGACAAAUUUCCUGGAAGUCCAAUGGGCAUGGAAUCUGGUGGAGCAGCGCCUUUUCAUGACAACUUCACAGAUACAUCACACGGUGAAAAUUUAGCUAAAUCGUUCAGCGAGCUUCUGGAUAUUGAAGAACGGCCUGGUAAAGUUGACAAGGAUCGGAAGAAAAGGUAUAAAAGGAUCAAAGCAGCUCAUAUUGGGGGAAGUGUCCUCGCCUUUCUUUGUGGAAUGCUUCAAGUGGCAGCGGGAGCUUCUGUUUUUCGGAAUAGGGGAACUGUUCUGACUCUUUUGGGAUUGGGAUUGCUGUUUUCCGGAGCUGGAAGACUGCUCAUUGCUGGAGCAUCAGUUGCUGUGUGGACUGUCGAGAUGCAAAGAAAAGGAAGUUUGCAGACAGAAUGGAAGGCCUUUUUCCAGCGCAUUGUAACUGCGAUGCUUCGACAGCUUCCAGAGAAAUGUCCGCAAAUUAAAGGAAGACUACGGCAGGUGGUAGUAGACUUUAACUACCAACAAAAAAAUUCUGAAAUAUGUAGCCUGGCUGGAAAUCUCAUCGCAAUCAUCGGAGGAAUAAUUGCUGCAGUCGCUGUGGGUCAUGUUGGUGGAGCUGCGUUACCUGCUGUCGCUGCAGCAAUGAUUGUGAGUGGAGCCGGAGCGAUGCUCUAUGCUGCAGCCUCCCUUGCUCGUCUCCAGCCCAAGUCGUCUGUGGCAAAUGGCAUUGUUGAAAUAUGCAAUUUUACAGAAAUGGAAAGACUUCAUAUAUUAACGAAACAACCGGAGGAUAUUGGAAUAAAUGUGCUACGUCUUCAUAAGAAUUACAAAGAUGCCAAGAGAACUAAACUGGCUGGCAGUCUUUGUGAAAUUUUUGGAGGACUUUUUAUAGUGGCAUCCGGAGGUGUUGGAGUAUGGACUGGUGAAGCAGCGAUAAUUCUGUUUGGUGCCGGCCUGAUUGUGUUUGGGGCUGCCGUGGCUCUGACGGCUGGAGCAUCCUUUGCAGCGGGGAUGUUUGGGAGACGCAUGAAAUCAAGAUUACUCACAGACUGGAAAGAAUGGAAAGAAUGGCUUCAUCUUAUAGAAAUGGAUAAUUUACGUGGUCUGCAAGAAAAAUCAAAGAAAAUGGCCGACAAAAUUGAAGAAGCUGCAAAUAAAAUUGACAGUUCAAAAAGUACUUGCCGCACGAUAAAAGCUGGAGGAGAGGGCAUCUCAGUUGCUGCUGGUUUUGUUGCAGCGGUUGGUGCAGUCGGUACAGUGGUUACUGGUGGUGCGCUCCCACUUGCAGCUGCUGCUGUCGGUGCGGUAACAUACGGAGCCGGAAAAAUCAUCAGCAGCGGAGCAUCUGUAGCUCAGAAUACCGUAGAGCAAACAUUCCUUGAAUGUCUGCAGGAGGAGUGGGACGAAUUAUCCCCUCUCCUGAGUCGCGAAAUAGAAGUUCUGCGCAGUAAGGCCAAAGGCUCAACAGCAGAGUUCGAAACAAAUUUAACCAAUUUUUUUCAGACUUUAGCAUCGACAGCAUUCGACAUCAAUGCCUUAGCGUUAAAAUCAGUAAUCUCCCCUGUGAGUCAGAUUUCUAUCGACUUUCGUCGCCUAGUGAGCACCAUGGCCGAGAACAGCUACGAAAAAAAGUCCGAAGUCUCACAGAUGCUUCGUAAACUUGCUGGCGAUCUUGAGAAUAAUGUUGCUGGCAUGAUCACAGCUUGCGAAGAACUUUAUUCUAGAUCUUUCAGAGAUUAACAUACUAUGCAUUAUGUCCUCGUCUUUGACUGAAAAAUUUAAACGAUAUGUCUUAAUAGUGGGUGUUUUUAUUUAAUUGUAAUGAGAAAAGAAAAUGUUGCUUAUGUCUGCACAAAAACCAUAAAUCCUGCUUUGUUUUAUAUAUAUAUAUAUUAUUGGAGCAUACCAUUUUAGCCCAAUUUAACUCAGUAGUUCUUUGAUGUUUAUUCACCAGAUUGUCAUACAUGUAUAGAUGGUGACGGUAUUACUUUGCUAUCAGCACACGCAACUCACACACAUUUUACUAAUCCUGAUGACUUUUAUGGUCACACAUGUCACCUAUUUAAAUCAAUACAUCGACCAUACACUUACCUCAGCACCUACCAACCCGCCGGCAAUUUUAAAUAGAGGGCAAUUAAGGUUAUGAACAUUUUUGCUUAUCUGAUUCCAAUGUGACAAAUUUUAUCUACACUGAAAAUUUUCAGACUGGAAUAACUGUAUUACUUUCUUAUCUAUUUAGAAAUGUACAUGUAUAUAUUUGUUAUAAUGUUCUUGAAUUUAACAUUGUAGAACUAUUUCAGUGUCUCAUUCUAAUAUACAUGUAUAUAUAUAUAUAAAACAGCAUUUUUCGCAAAUCUCUCCAGAUUGUCUUUCAAGACUAUCAAAUCGCUCAU